AUGCUCUUCGGCGUCACGACUUCGCUGCUGGCUUAUGCCUGCCUAGCUACCGCGGUGACCACCUUUACCGUUCCACAACUUGCAGGCCAAGAUGACACGCCCGCUUUACUAGAGGCGAUGAAGGACCUCUCUUCGGAUUCGACGAUUUUAUUCGAAAGCGGUAUCACUUACAAUAUCUUCACGCCCAUUCAAUUCCCCGAAUUAACCAACGUCGAAAUUCGUAUUGAGGGAAACCUAACAUAUCCGACAGAUAUACCGACAAUACAAAAAAUUGUGGGUGCGGCGGGUUUUCCUGGCUCAUGGAUCACCUUCACUGGUGGAACCAACGUGACGCUUCAAGGCUCCUUGGAUCCUCAUUGGGGAUGGAUUGAUGGUCAUGGCCAAGCGUGGUGGGAUGCCCAGAAUCAGAUUAAUCGUCCGCAUGGAAUUGCAUUUAGCCAUAUCAACAAUGGCGUCAUUCGGGAUAUGAAGAUUUGGAAGCCCAUAGCGUGGAACUUCGCAACGAGCGGUUCUUCAAAUAUCCAUGCGUUCAAUAACACGAUUAUCGCUGUGUCGAGCACUCAGUCCUUCCCAUUCAACACCGACGGGUUUUCUGCCGGAGGAUCUAACAUGAUCUUCGAAGACAACUUUAUCCAGAACGGCGACGACUGCCUUACUGUCGGAAGUGGCGCGUCUAAUAUUACCUUCAGGAACACCUAUUGUGAAGGCGGGCAUGGACUUUCGAUCGGGUCCCUCGGAAAGGCUGGUCAAGUCGCCAAUGUGCAAAACGUCCUCAUUGAGAAUAUCCAGAUGAAAAACAGCUUAUAUGGCGCUCGAUUUAAGAGCUGGGCAGGCGGCAAUGGUCUCGCUCGAAAUAUUACAUGGAGGAACAUCGCCUUCGUCGACGUUCCGUUCCCCGCAAGUGCUCUGCCUGCCGGUCCAAAACCUAACUCUACAAGCAGCAACAACACCCAUAUUCAAGACUUCGUGUUCGAAAAUUUCACAGGCAUUAUAAAAGAGUAUCUUCCAUCCAUUAGCUCCGCUUUUCAUCCAUCCUGA